AGAAAAGACAUCCCCCACGAGAGAAUUGGGCGAGUCCGGGUAAAGCAGAGCAGCCGUGUAUGUGUCGUAUAUCAUGCAAAAUGAGGAACCAGCGUUGCAUGAAGAAGUUGUUUAUCCUGAUCUCUGAAUAUAUUUUAAAACAGAACUUCCUUCAAAAAUACUUUUUAGUUGUGUAGUCCUUUCAAUAGUUUAAUGUUCAGACUGAAUACGGUUGCUUAUACCAUCUCAAGGAACAGAGGAAGAGGACAUUGAUCGAGCAGCCAGACAGCAGACAGACAUCUUGAGGAGAGCGGAAGGGGACCUGCAGCCAGACAGACAGACAUCUUGAGGAGAGCGGAAGGGGACCUGCAGCCAGACAGACAGCAGACAGACAUCUUGAGGAGAGUGGAAGGGGACCUGCAGCCAGACACAGCAGACAGACAUUUUGAGGAGAGCGGAAGGGGACCUGCAGCCAGACAGACAGACAUCUUUAGGAGAGCGGAAGGGGACCUGCAGCCAGACACAGCAGACAGACAUCUUGAGGAGAGCGGAAGGGGACCUGCAGCCAGCCAGACAGCAGACAGACAUCUUGAGGAGAGCAGAAGGGGACCUGCAACCAGACAGACAGUAGACAGACAUCUUGAGGAGAGCAGAAGGGGGACCUGCAGUCCUGCAUGGUGGAGAUUAGGUUCAAAGACUAGCAGCCCAGUAGACCUUCACCGUAAUUUAACUAGGAAAGACCCUUGAGGUUCUAAACUUUGUUGCAGAGAGCUCGUCAUGGGGAAACAGAACAGCAAACUGCGUCCUGAAGUGCUGAACGACCUGCGCGAGAACACAGAGUUUUCUGACCACGAGCUUCAGGAAUGGUACAGAGGCUUCCUCAAAGACUGCCCCACGGGCCACCUGACCGUCGAAGAGUUCAAGAAGAUCUACGCCAACUUCUUCCCGUAUGGCGACGCUUCCAAGUUCGCCGAGCACGUGUUCCGGACAUUCGACACCAACGGCGACGCCACCAUUGACUUCCGGGAGUUCAUCAUUGCGCUGAGCGUUACGUCGCGCGGCGGCCUGGAGCAGAAGCUGCGCUGGGCCUUCAGUAUGUAUGACCUGGACGGGAACGGUUACAUCAGCCGGGCUGAGAUGCUGGAGAUUGUACAGGCCAUCUACAAGAUGGUGUCCUCAGUGAUGAAGAUGCCAGAAGAUGAGUCGACGCCAGAGAAACGGACAGAUAAAAUCUUCAGACAGAUGGACGUAGACAAAGACGGCAAACUCUCUCUGGAGGAGUUCAUCAAAGGUGCCAAGAGUGACCCUUCCAUCGUCCGGCUCCUGCAAUCUGACCAGGGGACCUCUCGCCAGUUCUGAAGACACACACACACACAUAGUUCUGAAGACAGAAAAGUGGAGAUCACUGUAUCAUCCCCCAUCCAACACACACACACAUAUGAGAAAGAGGUGGAAGAGGCACAGUUGUCAUUACAAUAUCCAUAUCAGGCAGCCAUUUUGUAUUCUCUCAUUCCAUGUCUUGUUGUUUACAUCAUCAUCAGUAGUUCCCUAGCCUGAUCCCAGAUCUGUUUGUUCUCUCUAUUGCAUGGAGUUGGCUAGACAGAACAGAUCUGGGACCAGGAUAGCAGUUUCCAAUAUCCCAAUGCAGCGGUUUCAUGCAUUCUACAGCGAUAUAUGUUUUCCAUCAUGAAACAAAUUUUACACCCACAGUACCACUGAAGACUUAUGACAUUUCCUUGCAAAUGUUUUACUUAACGUUUUAUUUUUGCUUGCCGUACUUUAGUCAAGGUGACGUGCCAUAUCUAAAUAUUUGUACUGAAUGUAUUAUUACACUAAGUAUUAUGACUUUUCCCCCUGAUGUGUCACAGUAAGAAGAAAUCAACCAAAACCAAUAUUUUGUACGUCAACCUGGAGCGGCAGGUAGCCUAACAAUUAAGAGCGUUGGGACAGUAACUGAAGGGUUGCUGGUUUGAAUCACCGAGCUGACUAGGUAAAAAACAAAAUCUGUCGAUGUGCCCUUGAGCAAGACACUUAUCCCUAAUUAUCUGCUAAAUUACUAACAUGUAAAAACCAUGGGUCGUCUCAUUGUGACCUUUGCUCUAAAUGUAAUAUUAGUUAGGCACAUUCAAAAAUGUUUUUCACUAUAUACCGUUUCUGCAGCACAGAAAUUUUGAAAAUGAAUGUUUUAAUACCCAGCUGUACAGAAAGUUCCAGUGAUGUAUUAAAACCAGUAUCUUGUAAUGUUUUGCAGUCACUGGUUUGUUUAGCUCCACAGGGCUUGCCAACAGAGUGGAUUAUCCCAGGUCCCAAUAAGCACACUGUGGGGACCCUGACCCCGAAAACGUGUUGUUUUUAGCCUGCUGCUCCAGAAGCACAUCAGAAAUAAAAAAACGAAUGCAA